AUGGCUUCGCUCAGAAUAUCCUCGCGCAUCGCCCGUGCCACAUUUGGUGCAGCAAAGUCGAACUCCAUUCGCAGUUUUGCAGUUUCUGCCUGUCAACAGAAUGCCUCAAAGUCCGAUCUUGACCAAUUGAAGAAUCCUCCCAANGGAAACCCCAUCGUCUCUGGUCGCGGUGCACCGGAACCACCUUCAGAUGAGUCAGCUGCAUUGAAGGACAACUACAGCCCUGCCUCGUACCUGGGAACGACCAAGCGCUUGCCAGAAUUCGCGCUCAACGACAAGGUGGUGUUGGUGACUGGUGCAGCACGUGGACUGGGACUGGUACAGGCUGAGGCCUUGCUCGAGGCUGGUGCAACCGUAUAUGCUCUGGACCGCCUUCCUGAGCCCAGCGAGGACUUUUACCGCAUCCAGAGACGCGCAGCUGAGGAGCUCGGCACGACAUUCCACUACCGCCAGAUUGAUGUUCGCGAUGUGCCGCAAUUGAACGAAAUCAUCGAAGACAUCUCAAACAAAGAGGGCCGUAUGGAUGGACUCGUGGCAGCCGCAGGUAUCCAGCAAGAGACAACGGCGCUUGAGUACACAGCCAAGGACGCAAACACCAUGUUCGAGGUCAAUGUGACUGGCGUGUUCAUGACAGCACAGGCAGUGGCCAAGCAGAUGAUCAAACAUGGAAACGGCGGAUCCAUGGCUUUCAUUGCGUCAAUGAGCGGUACCGUCGCCAACAGGCUGUCACGCAACCUGGCGAGCGAGUGGGGCCAGCACGGAAUCCGAGUCAACACCAUCUCGCCUGGAUACAUUGUAACAGCCAUGGUCGAGGCACUCUUCGUCAAGUACCCCGAAAGACGUCGCGAGUGGCCUACACAGAACAUGCUGGGCAAGCUGAGCAAGCCAGAGGAGUACCGUGGAGCAGCCGUGUUCCUGAUCAGCGACGCCAGCUCUUUCAUGACGGGCAGCGACAUGCGCAUUGAUGGAGGACACUGUGCUUGGUGA